CACACCAAAGCAGUGCGGUUGCAGUGCGGCGGUCUAGAAGCGCGCGGACUUGCACUGCAUCCGCGCCGCAAAAGCGCGCCAAAACACACCAAAGAUGUGCGGUGGAUGUGCGGCGUUAUCAUUAAUCGAUUUUAAUUAAAAUAUAUGAGGAUUUUUAUAUUAUUUUCUAAUAAAUUAGGGUCUUUGAUUUGUAAGUUUGUAAUUAUGUCAAGUUCCGAUGAAGAGAUGUUAAUGCUACUAUUAGUAAACAACAUAAAUAAAAAUAAAAAAAAACGAAAAUAUUGGGUUCAUCCAUUCAUUAAAAAUAAUGCUAAUACACUUGGUACAUUUUCGGUUACAAAAGAACUAGCAAUGUAUCCUGAAAAAUUCAAAAAUUUUUACCGUAUGUCGCAAGAAUCUUUCAAUGUACUUUCACACAUGGUUCGGACCAAAUUACAAAAAAAAGACACAAAUUUUCGUUUGUCCAUAUCAGUUGAAGAGCGACUGUUGAUUACACUCAGAUUUCUUGCGAUGGGAGGUAAUAUGAAGGCUCAUUCAAUGUACUUUUUGAGAGGAGAGUCAACUACUAGAACUAUUAUUUCUGAAACAUCCCAAGUUAUUUGGGAUUGUCUCCAUGAUAUAUAUAUGCCAAUUCCUUCAAAAGAACAUUGGAAAAAAGUUGCAGAUCGUUUUUAUGAUUUAUGGAACAUUCCAAAUUGUAUCGGCGCUAUCGAUGGGAAGCACUUUAAAAUCAAAUGCCCAUCAAAUACAGGCUCAGCUUAUUUUAAUUAUAAGCAUUACUUUAGUGUUGUUUUGAUGGCCUGUGUGGAUGCAGAUGGACUUUUUUUAACGAUUGAUGUUGGUGAUUAUGGGCGAAACAGUGAUGGCAGAGUAUUUAGAAGGAGUUCGCUUGGAAUAACCUUAGAAAACAACGCACUGGAUAUUCCCGAACCUAAAGUAUUACCUGGUUGGGAAAAUAAGGACAAAUUUCCACACUAUUUUGUGGCAGAUGAAGCGUUCCCCCUAAAAACCAAUAUAAUGCGACCAUUUCCAAAAAGGUCAUUGAAUAAAGAGAGACGCAUUUAUAAUUACAGAUGUUCUAGAGCAAGGAGGAGUGUGGAGUGCAGUUUUGGAAUGCUUGUGUCAAAGUUUAGACUUUUUGAACAACCUAUAGGUUGCAAAGUAGAAACAGCCGAAGCAUUGAUUAAAGCAGCAUGUGUUUUACAUAAUUUUAUUCGCAUAAAAGAAGGUGUAUUUUCAACACCUUCACACCCAUCAACCAUCAAUUCAAUGGGAUAUCAAAAUAUUGAGGAUCAAGGAAUAAGACCAACAAGAGCAGCAGAAAGCAACAGAGAUUUUUUAUGUGACUAUUUUGUAUCGAACGAGGGUAAAGUCCCAUGGCAGGACAAUUUCUCGUAAAAUAUUUUGACAAAGUUAUUUGAUUUUAACAUUUUAAGUAUAAAAUAGAUUAGUGUUAAGAUAUAUUUUGU